CAGGUCCCUGGGGAACUGGAACCGCAGCGGACGGGUCCCAGAGGCCGGCUGUGGUUCCCGAGAGGGAGGCGAAGUGGCGGCCUUAGGAGGAGAUUCCAGGGGUGGGAGAGGGACGCUCAGGGACGAGCUUCCCUCGGGGCCUCCGCCUCCGUCACGUGGGUGCGGGACCCGGCGGCUGCCGGUCGGUCUGCUGGUUGGUCAGACGGUUGGUCGGUGGGACGGUGGCCUGUAACUGAGUUUUCCGCUCUCCUGUUCGGAGGUGGGAGGGGCACAAGAGCGGCCCGCACACCUGAUCCGCCCGGAGAGAAGCGGCGGUCCCGCAUCCAGUAACAGGAAGAAGAGACUAAGCAGGCAAAAAGAGUCAUGGCAUUUGAUGCUAGUCAUGCCCUGGAAGCUGCCUUGGAACAGAUGGAUGGGAUCAUUGCAGGCACUAAAACAGGGGCAGAUAUUAGUGAUGGUACCUGUGAGCCUGGACUGUCUUCCCCAGCCUCUUACAUGAACCCCCUCCAUCUCAUCGAGGACUUGAGGCUGGCCCUGGAGAUGUUGGAACUUCCUCAGGAGAGAGAAGCCCUCCUGAGCCAGAUCCCUGGUCCAACAGCUACCUACAUAAAAGAAUGGUUUGAGGAGAGCUUGUCCCAGGCAAAUCACCAUGGUGCUGCUAGUAAUGAAACCUACCAGGAACGCUUGGCACGUCUAGAAGGAGAUAAGGAGUCCCUCAUAUUACAGGUGAGUGUUCUCACAGACCAAGUGGAAGCCCAAGGAGAGAAGAUUCGGGACUUAGAAGUGUGUCUGGAAGGACACCAGGUGAAACUCAAUGCUGCUGAAGAAAUGCUUCAACAGGAGCUGCUAAGUCGCACAUCUCUUGAGACCCAGAAGCUUGAUCUGAUGACUGAAGUGUCUGAGCUGAAGCUCAAGCUGGUUGGCAUGGAGAAGGAGCAAAGAGAGCAAGAGGAAAAGCAGAGAAAAGCAGAGGAAUUACUACAAGAGCUCAAGCACCUCAAAAUCAAAGUGGAAGAGUUGGAAAAUGAACGGAAUCAAUAUGAAUGGAAGCUGAAGGCCACUAAGGCUGAGGUGGCCCAGCUACAAGAGCAAGUGGCUCUGAAAGAUGCAGAAAUUGAGCGUCUGCAUAGCCAGCUCUCCCGGACCACAGCUCUUCACAGUGACCAUGCAGAGAGAGAUCAAGAAAUUCAACGUCUGAAGAUGGGGAUGGAAACACUGCUUGUUGCCAAUGAAGAUAAGGACCGUCGGAUAGAGGAGCUCACAGGGCUCUUGAACCAGUACCGAAGGGUGAAGGAGAUCGUGAUGGCAACUCAAGCCUUCAUGCUUCCAGGGCCUUCAGAGAGAACUCUCUCCAUCAAUGAAGAAGAACUGGAGGGAAGUUUUAGAAAAUGGAACACUGUAAAUAAAGGCACUGAAGAAUUUAAACAAGAGAUGCCUCCAAGAUGCAGCUCUCCCACAGUGGGGCCACCUCCUUUGCCACAGAAAUCACUGGAAAGCAGGGUUCAGAAAAAACUCUCCUGUAGUCUAGAAGAUUUAAGAAGCGAAUCUGUGGAUAAGUGUGUCAAUGGGAAGCAGCUUUCUUUGGCAGUAGAACCCAAGGACAGCUCUUUCCUGGUGGAACAGAAAUACCCUACAUUACCCGGGAAGCUUUCGGGAGCCACACCCAAUGGAGAAGCUGCCAAAUCUACUUCUGCCACCUCCCAGCCCGACCCUGUAGGAAGCAACCUGCUAAGACUGAGAGACACAGAAAGCAGUUGGGAGAAUGCUGCCAUGGCCAACGAACUCUCUUCCAACUCAUCGGGUGCUGAGUCAAGCCCCCAGUCCCCCCUGACACCAGAUGGUAAACGGAGCCCCAAAGGAAUCAAGAAAUUCUGGGGAAAAAUCCGAAGAACUCAGUCAGGAAAUUUCAACACUGAUGCACCAGGGAUGGCAGAGUUUCGACGAGGUGGGCUUCGGGCAACUGCAGGACCAAGACUCUCUAGGACCAGAGAUUCUAAGGGACAGAAAAGUGAUGCCAAUGCCCCCUUUGCCCAGUGGAGCACAGAGCGUGUAUGUUCAUGGCUUGAGGACUUCGGCCUGGCUCAGUACGUGAUCUUUGCCAGGCAAUGGGUGACAUCUGGCCACACUUUACUGACAGCUACCCCUCAGGACAUGGAAAAGGAACUAGGAAUUAAGCACCCUCUUCAUAGAAAGAAACUUGUUUUAGCAGUGAAAGCCAUCAACACCAAGCAGGAAGAGAAGUCUGCGCUGCUGGAUCACAUUUGGGUGACACGGUGGCUUGAUGAUAUCGGCUUACCCCAAUAUAAAGACCAGUUUCAUGAGUCCAGAGUUGAUGGACGAAUGCUGCAAUACCUAACUGUGAAUGAUUUACUCUUCUUAAAAGUCACCAGCCAGCUACAUCAUCUCAGCAUCAAAUGUGCCAUUCAUGUGCUGCAUGUCAACAAGUUCAACCCCCACUGCCUGCAUCGGCGCCCAGCUGAUGAGAGUAACCUUUCUCCUUCAGAAGUUGUGCAAUGGUCCAACCACAGGGUGAUGGAAUGGUUGCGAUCUGUGGACCUGGCAGAGUAUGCACCCAACCUUCGAGGGAGUGGUGUCCAUGGAGGUCUUAUUAUCCUGGAAUCACGAUUCACUGGGGAUACCCUGGCCAUGCUUCUCAAUAUCCCACCACAGAAGACGCUCCUCAGGCGCCACCUGACCACCAAAUUCAGUGCCCUGAUUGGUCCUGAGGCUGAACAGGAAAAGAGAGAUAAAAUGGCCUCACCAGCUUAUACACCACUGACUACCACGGCCAAAGUCCGGCCAAGGAAACUGGGAUUUUCACAUUUUGGAAACAUAAGAAAAAAGAAGUUUGAUGAAUCCACAGAUUACAUUUGCCCAAUGGAAUCUAAUGAUGCUAUCAGUGAUAGUCACCGGGUCUACAGUGGCUGCCGAGGCCUCAACCCCCUUGAUGCUCCUGAACUGGAUGAGUUGGACCAGGUGGGACAGAUGGCGCCUUCCGAAGGCACUGUGACGCAGAUAGGGCUCCUCUCCCAAGACAUUCAUCGCCUUACGACUCUUUUGAGCCAGGACCAGAUGCUGAAUGACUCUUGCCUGGCUGCCCCCAACUCUGAUGACUGGAGAUGACAUUCUUCAUGGCCGAGAGCCCAGAGAGGCACAUGUGGGGCCCUAAGUCUUUGCCUCAAUGGGGAGCUGGCACACAGCCAUCUGUACUAUGCAGAUGGAGCUGGUGGGACAUCUCAGAUGUGGGUGCUGACAAGCAAAGCAGAAUGGUGGGACAGGUGUCCAGGAGGUGGCCCUCAUGUUCCUAAGUGUUUUAAACUGUGCUGUGUUCUUUACUGAAGCUUUUCUACCUUUUGUACUUUUAUACAUGGACUACAGACCACUUUGUGGGGAGUGCAAUGAGAUAUCAGUGCAUGGACUCAAUGGCUCAUGCUGUUCCUGGUGACAGCUGGGAGGCUCUUACACCAAAGGGGAAGAACUGUUAGUCAUAAAUCCUCUGCUGGAAAAAGAAAAAGAAAGUUAGGAAAAAAAGUGUUCUGAAUGUUUUAUAGUGAUUGAGUGGGGUGAAAGCACUAUGGGAGCUCUCUCUGGGCUGCUUAACAGGAGCAUCUUUUCCAUUCACAGAAAUCUGGCUGAGGAGGGUAUUCAGGGCAAGAGCUGUGGGGAUCUUCUGGGCCUCCCACUGUUUGCACAGAGGAGUCCCCAACACACACACACACACACACACACACACACACACUCCCUCAUCUCAUCCUGACAGAGUGUACCAACCUCUGAGGCCUUUCCCUCAUUGUCCUCAAGCGGAAUGUCUGCUUAAACAGCUCCCCCCAGUGGAAAGCGUCUGCACACCCUAAAUUCAUUUCUACUGGAACUCAUCAUCUUCCCAAACAAGCUGUGCCCUUUCUAAUGUGUCCCAUUUCAGAGAGCUGCCACUAAGCCCCAGUCAGUGUCCUCUCCCCAACCAGCCCCUUCCUCCCUCCCACCCCCAUGCUCUAGUUUCAGCCUCAUCUCUCAUCUGAUUGUUGCAGCUGGUCUUCUUAAUUCCUCAUCAUUCCAGUUGGUCCCCUCCAGACAUUUCUCUACCCCAUCCCCAUGAUGACCUCCCAAAACACUGUUUUAAUCCUGUCAUUGUUCAGAACUCCUCAGUUAAAUUACCACAGAUGAGCAUCCCAGGCCCUUCUCCAUUAUCAGCCAUUCUGAACCCACUGUUGAGUCUUCCCUCCCUCCAGGCCUUUGCUUAAUCCUUUCCCUCCAUGUGGCAUCCAUUUUUCUCCCAGUCCCCUUCAUGAAGCCAAAUGUUGCCUGUCAAGGACGAGCACAGAUACUACCUCUAUGUCCCUCAGGAAGCUUUUACUCUUAUAUGGGUAAGCCCAGUCCUGACCUCAGACUGCUUCUUGAUCAGGUUCCUGCUGACCAGCAUCCUUGAUCUCUACACUAAAUGCCAGCAGCACCUUUCUUCUAGUUGUGAAAUCAAAAUGUCUCCAUAUUUUGUCAAAUGUUCCCACAGUAGAGGAGGGACAAAACCCCCCAUUUGAGAACCAUUGGGCUAGAGAAUGAAUCAGAGAAGGGAGGUCCAGGAAAUAAAAAAUCUAAUGAGGUCAGCAGGAGCCCAAUCAAGAAAGAUCUUGCAAACUAGGCCCCUGGAAUAUGUCAUAGAGACAGAGGAGUGGCCAGGGUGGGUAAUAGAGUACAAGCAGAGCAGGGUUUAAAGUAGGUAGGUAACAAGCAUGGUCAGAUCUGCAAUUAGAGCAAAACCUGAGGUCAGGAUCUUAUGGUAAAGUAUCCAGCAGAGGUGUCAUUCCCUGAGCAGGAGAUUCCCAGAAGACAUGCUGAAUGGGUAGGUAGAUGAAGCCUGGCCAGCCCUUCCCUUCAGACCUCCCACAGGCCUUCUGUGAGACCAUUCCAGUGUAUGGCCCCCUGUGGGCAAGACAGCUGUACUGCAGAGAGUUCCCUAGAGCUGCAUUCAUCUUCUGUGCUCCUUCUGCCCUUCCUAUUGUCCUGCAUACACAUAUACAGUGGGUAACAAAUCCAGUGGUACCAAGGUCAAUACUGCUUCCAUUAUGUCAGUUUUUGUGAAAAGAGGAAUAACUUGGAAUAAAACAGACCCAUUUUUAAAGUCAGCUGUGCUACCUACUGGCUGCACACUUAGUGGGAACACUUAAUUUCAUAACCUGUUUCCUCAUCUGCAACUUGGAGAACAAAAUCCCCUCAAGAUCUCUGGCCUACUCAGAUAACAGAGCGGCAACAUGUUGUCCUGGUCCUGGACAGCAGAUGGCAAUAGUAGUCCCUUGUAUCACUAGGGGUUAGUGAUAGGAUUUAAGGCAGAGCUUCUGGAACCUGCAUGCAAGUUGAGAAACUUCUGUUAUGUAUGUAACCAUCUCUACCCUUGCCCCAUGCCAGGUCAGAGCUUAACACUUGGAGGAUUCUCAAAAAAUAAUCCAUUCCAUGUCUCCAUCUGUUGUGCCCAAAGCAGGGAGUCUGGAAGGAGUUCCCAGAGCCUACUUACUCUGGGAUUUAUUGCCCUAAUGUGUGUGCCUUUAAUCCCAUUCCCACUUUAAGAUGUCCCAGAAGAAAAGGAAGAGUGCAUUAUGGAGGGUGCCUGAGACUUUGUAGGCCUGACCUUAAAAGCAGCACACUCUAAAGAGAGGUUCAAGAGAGAUUAUUGGGAGUUACUGUGAUCCUACUUGGAUUCUGCUGGAAUUCUGUUGUGGCACUAUUGCAGUUCUGACCCCCUUAGGGGCAUAUAGAAGUCAACUCUCAAGCAGGGCAGACAAGGCCCAGUGGGUCUCUCACAGAACCAUACUUCAUGUGUUAUCUGCUGACUACUUAAGUUUAUUUUACUAUGGAGAAAGAUAACCAUAACAGAGCUCUUUCCAGCCUCCAAGACAGGAGGUCUCAGAAGUCAUUUUGUCUCCAGCCUCUUGAACACUUCUUCUUAGGCCCCACAUUCAAAAGGGGAAUGCCAGUGUGGGGGCCCAAGGGUGCAUAGAGAUGCACCUUCAAAAACAUCCCAGUUUAAUAUGGAGAAGUUGAACUCACUCUGAAACAGAGGAAAGGGUCCCAGGAAAUUUUCUAGGAGUACAGGAGAUACUAGUAGGUGAAAAUCAUAUCCUUGGUAUAACCCAGCUUCUCCAGGUUGGGAUGAGCCGCUGUCUGGAUCAAGGCUGGUGGGCCACAAACCAGGAUGAGUGUGGUUUUCCCAGGGGGUGGGAGGUGCUGCUUGAUCAUGUCAGCAGUCACAAAGCCUGAGCUGUACUUCCAGCCUGAAAUGAAGCACAGCAGGAAAGAGUCACGGGGUAGCAGGCUAAGCCCCCUCCAUGCUAGGCUUCUGCCCUCCCUCCUUUCAGCUAAGCAGACCAGGCUGCUCUAUAAAGGCUUAGAAGUCUGUACUGCAGCUCCCUGUAAUAAGCCCAAGAAGAGGAUAAGGGGACAGAAUUUACCCCAUAUUCCAGGCAUGGCUGGGACUCAGAGGCCCCUGCUGAUGACUGACUUCUGUGAGCACUGAGGAGGGUGAAGGACUUCUUGAUGAGGUGUACUAGAGUAUAGUGAGUCAGGAUAGUGAGCUGGAGCUGUCAGGGCGUGGUAUGGAAUAGUGUGGGGUUUGUGGAGUUGGGCAGUGCCAUCUGCUGGGAAGUGAGCCAUAUGACAAGACAGGUACAGAUAGGUACAGUGUGUGAGACAUGCCACACAGGGUACAUUGUGCAUGAUGGUUCCUGGGGUGCUGGCUGAGGCUUAGCAUAUGACAACUGCUGUCCAGAUGAGAUGGAUAGGGAGGGCUGCAGUGGCCAUGAACAAUGACAUGACUGGUGAAAAGACCAGUGGCCAUAUCAGCUGCAGUAUGUGUGAUGGCUGUGGUGUUGAGAGUAGCCCUGGGGCUCACUGUUCCUUUUGAUGUUCAGUACAAUUCAUGGACUGCUCCUGAGAUACUGGACACAUGCCUUUUGUCACCAUUACAAGCAGGCCAUCCAAAUCCUAUCUCCCUCAACACUUGCAUUUCCCAUAUGGAUCCAGAGCCCAAAGCCAAAUGCUCAAACUCAGUCCUCAUAAACAAAAUAAGAGGCCAGUCCUUGAGGUGGAUCAAAGCCUGGAGCUGACCCACAGUGAGGGAAGCAACAGGGUUUGUACCAAGGGGAGGCCUGUCCAGGGUGUACCACAGUUUGAACUGGUUUAGGUGAGUCUUGGCAAUUUCUUCCAGCUCCUUUCUCAUCAAGAUAUCCUCCUCUGUCUAGAAAAGAAGGAACAUUAUAAAAGACCCUCCAGGGACAGCCUGUAUGUCCUCCCACACACUCCUGCCCAAGCUGCCACCACCCUUGCUUGAGUGUAUGCAGUAGACUCCCAGGAUAAACGAGGAUUCUGCUGCUCCUACAGAGCAAACCCAUCCUCUUAUGGAGGGAGCUGCUGGGAUGGUGACAUUUUCCACAAUGCAGCAGUAACUGCUGCUAAAAGACUGUGGCUGUACAGGCUGGGUGGCUUCACUUGAAAGUCCCCAUCCCACCUCCUAUAUUCACUUUAGGCACCAGGAAUGGCAGAACCAACUAGAACAAGCUCACUAUAGGCUCAGGUCUUCUGCAAGAAAGUAGGGACUAAGAAGUCAUUCAGGAGACACUACCAAAGAACUACAAAAGAAAACAGACUGGAGCCUCAUGUGGGAAAAGAGAGCCAAAGUCACUUGUCACAGGCUCAGAGUACACAGAAGGUAUGGAUCAUAAAACUCUUCAAGACUCUUGUCUCAGUUUUCCACUUCCGAGGUUCCAUUUAAGAAAAUAAUCUAGAAGUCAUCAGGCCUAGGUGCAAUUAUUCCUCAUUGUAUCAUUUAGCAUUAAUAACUGAAAACUGGAAAAAAUGUAGAUUUAGUAAAUCUAAACUUGACACAGACUAUGAUGAAAAUAUUCAUAGAAUUUUUUGUCUUUCUAUUUUUUUGGCCGGGGGGGCGGGGGCGUAGCACAUACUAGGAAUUAAACCCAGGCAUGCUUUUCCACUGAGCCACACUCCUAGCCCUUUAAAAUUUUUCUCCUUUUUAAUUUUUAUUCUGAGUCAGGGUCUCACUAGGUUGCUUAGGCCUGGCUAAAUUGCUAAGGCUAGCCUAGAACUUGCAAUCCUGCCUCAGCUUCCUGAGUCACUGGGAUUCUAGGCAUGCACCAUUGUGCCCAGCUCAUAAAGAGUUUUAAGGGGAACAAAAUGCCUAUGUGGUAAUGCUAAGUGAAAACAAUAUAUACACACAUGCCCACCACACACAGAAAUAUAUAGCACAUAAAAAGAAUAAGUAAAAAUAUAUAUGUUUUCUCUAUUUUUUUCCAAAUUUCCACUGAGAGCAUCUAUGAUUUUGUACUCAGAAAAUCAAAAAUAUGUAUCAAGGAAGGAAGAAAUAAGUAUCAAGGAGAUACGGAUGCUACAGCAUUGGCUGGGAUGACAGAAAAGUUAAACAAAAACAAGCAGUAAAAGGAGCCUGGAUUCAGCUUCUCCAGCUGCCCACUAAACCCUCCCACAGCCACAGGCACCCAAGCAGCUUGGUCAGUGGGGGAGGAAUGAAUGCAGAGCCCCAGAUCAGCGAACACUCCAUUCUCCCUCUGCAAGCUCAGGGCUGACUCGGCAGAACUGACCUGGUUGGCAAAGAUGAGGGACAUCCUGGUCUUGUCCAUGGGGUUCUUGGUGAUGUGGCGUAUGAGCUGCAGCAUGGGCGUAAUGCCUGGAACACAGUGGGCAGGCAGAACAGCUUCUCCUGUCCCCUGGCUUGCAGCAGCUUAGCAGUUUCCCUUAGCCCUGAUAUCUUUUCACUUCUGUCCCCAAACUAAGUGGGGAACAGUCCAUCAUUUUAUUGUCCCUUUUAAAUGCAACAGUAAUUCAAAAGCCCUUUUUCAGUUUCAUAUGGCAAAAUGGAAAGAGAAUUCUGAGCUCUUAAGUAUACUCAUUUGCAAAACAGAAUUAGUUCCUUAUUAAUACCUUAAUUAAUAAGUAAAUGUGAUGCUUUUUAAAGUGCCUAUGAUGGUACCUGGCACACUGUAUGUCUCCAUGUUUGUUCUCUUCAGUCAGUUAUUCAUUCCCAAGGGUUGGGAGAAUUGGGCUUGGAAUGAGUCUAGAAACUGCUGGAGACCAGGGGCAGUCCAGUCGGCCCCACCUGGCCACAUAGCCUCCACAUGGCCCAGGAUUUCCAUGUAAGACUCUCUGUGGCCCUGGACAGCCUCCACAUUGGUUCAGAGGAGCAGGGCACACAGGGCCAGGUUCAAGACCUAUACUAAUUCCACAUUCCCACCACCAUGGCUAUAGAAGGAAUCUCUUGUGCCAUGCCUUCUCCAAUAACUCCAAAGUCAAAGUCAGAAUUAUCUUAGGGCUCACCUUCUGGAUGAUACCCCCAGAAACCUCUUACCUGUGCCCCCAGCAAUCAUUCCCAAGUGACAGACCAGUUUUUUCUCAGGCAUGCUCGUUUUGUACUGUCUGAUUGCAAGGUUUCCUGGAAACACAGAGAAUGCUUCUAAUUUCUGCAGCUCUUGUCUGGGAGCCUGCAAAAGACUAUUGACUUUCUUUAGGAUUCCCAGGAAGCAAGUCCAUCUUAGGGACUUGCCAGAGAAGCAGGCCAUGAUAGCUUCCUCUACCAGCCCCAUAAGAGCCUGGGCCUCCUCAGGGAACCUCUGGGCCUUCUCUUCUGAGGCAAAAGGCAAGCUGAAGCUAAUAUGGAACCUCACAAAGCACUCUCACCCAGUGUAGCAAAUGCAAGAGAACAAAUCAGCCUGGAUUCCACCCAUCAUCCAUUUUCAGUAUUAUGUCUCAGGCUCUGAGUUGGAGAUACAGUGAAGACACACCGAAUGAAGAUUAGGACCUUGUGAGGUGGGUAUAUGGAUGACAAUAAAACCAGUGCAGGAAUCUCCUUUCUCCCAGCUGGAGAUUCAGUGUGACUACCCCAGUACCUUGCCCUUGGUAAAAUAGGCGCCCCGUUGGUCCUCGAAAAAGGAUAGUGUCCCCAAUUUUCAUUUUCUCCAAAUACUGAGUCAUCUUCCCCCCUUCAGGAUAAUGAGGGUGUACAUUUUUGAAGUAGAUCUGAAAAACAAGGCAAACUGAUUUUCACAUGCUCAGAUCUAUGGCCCUAGCUGCACACAACUAGAAAAUGCAUCUGCUACAGAAAGCCACACAGGGAAAAUGACCCACUCCCACAAUUGCUAUGGGCAAUACCUAAAGACUGCACUCAGUUUACUAUAGCUCCACUGUUAAAUGACACUGCUGGAAAGUCCUGCUUGGGGCAUGAGCAACCUCACAGAAAAAGUACUGCCCUCUACCCUGACACCCACAGUAAACAGCUGCACAUGGUGUUUUUUUUUUUUUUUUAUCUUUAUAAUCAUUUAUAUCAUUUACCUUUAUAAUUAAGUCCACAAAGCCUUUGUCAUCAUCACUUGAGACAGGUGUGUAUGCCCUGAUCACGAAAUCAUUAUCAAUUCUGGCCAUGAGAUGGACAUAGUUACCUACAGAAGAGGCACCAAAUAUUAGCCUGAGCAUGGCCAGCCUAAGGAGCUCCUGGGAAUCCCAGAAAGGACUAUACUUCAGUGAAGGAGCAAAUGCUGCAGCAAGAUGUAAAGAGGGGGAUUUAGUCUCUUCAUCUGUAAAAUGGGGAUGAUGAGCUUCGGGUUGUGGCUUAGUGCUAAAACACUUGCCUAGCAUGUGCAAGGCUCUGGGUUGGAACCCAUUAACACCCCCACCCACCACACACACAUACACAAGUGGGGGUGAUGAUAUACCUGUUCAGAUGUGAUCAUAAUUUAAGUAAUUUGUAAAGGAAGAGAAGCUAACUGAAAUUGGAGGGUGAAUUUUGCUUCCAAAUAAAAAUGUUAUCUUUAUAAACUCA